ACGAAACCAAACACGCCCUUCAUAUUUUCAUUCAUUCUCUCUCUCUGGAAGCUGAGUCCACUCGUCGCAACGUUUCUCUUCUGAAUCGUUGUUUCGGUAUUCAAUUCAAUUCUCAACUGUUUCUUCUAUUUGCGAUCAUCCGUUGUUAUUUUCUGCCGUUUCGUUGCGUUGCGAUUCUCUUCUUCUUCUUCUUCUUCUUCUUCUUCUUCUUCUGCUGCGUUGGUACGACGUCGUUGCGGAGAAUUUGAUUGAUUGAAGGAUGGCUGCCGGAGUGGAGUUACCGGAGGGAAGAGCCGCUGGAAUUGUGAUGGAAUUCCCUGUAGGCGAUGAGGAGUCGUUGUCUUCGCCGCCGAGGGUGCCGAAGAGGCUCCGUCAAAGGCUUCUUGAGACGGAGUGCAAGUCCCCGAGUUCGGUGGAGGAAAUCGAAGCCAAGCUUCGUGAUGCUCAUCUUCGUAGACAGAAGCACUAUGAGGAACUGUCAAGUAAGGCACGUGCAAAGCCAAGAAGCCCCUCACGGUCUUCAUCUCAGGAUGAUGAUCCUGAUCCGGCUCAGCGACUAGAAGCAAAGCUGCAAGCUGCUGAACAGAAGAGGUUGAGCAUUUUGACAAAAGCUCAGAGGCGCUUAGCAAGGCAGGAUGCGUUGCGUCAAGCAGCCAAAAAUGGAGUUGAAAUGCGCCAUGAGAAUGAACGGCUGGAGCUUGGGACAAAAGUGGAAUCACGUGUUCAGCAGGCAGAGACUAAUAGGAUGCUUAUCCUCAAGGCUCACAGGCAAAGAAGGGCAUCUCUUAGAGAAAGGGCAUCCCAGUCAUUGAUGAGAAGAAUGGCUCGAGAGAUCAAAUACAAGGAGUGCGUACGUGCUGCAAUUCACCAGAAACGAGUUGCUGCUGAAACAAAACGACUUGGGUUGUUGGAAGCUGAAAAGAAGAAGGCACGCGCUCGAGUCUUGCAGGUGAGACAUGUGGCGAAAUCUGUAACUCACCAGCGUGAGAUUGAGCGAAGGAAAAAGAAAGAUGAGUUGGAAGAUCGAUUACAAAGGGCAAAAAGACAACGAGCUGAAUAUCUCAGGCACAGGGGGAGGUUAAGUGCUUAUGCGCAAGAGAAUUGGAUUAGAAUGUCAAAGCAAGCAGAAUAUCUUUCCAAAAAACUAGCAAGGUGCUGGAGGCGGUUCCAAAGGCAGAAGAGAACAACCUUUACCUUGGCAAAGGCAUAUGAUAUGCUGGGGCUCAAUGAAAAAUCUGUCAAGUCGAUGCCAUUUGAUCAGCUUGCUCUUCUGAUUGAAUCAGCUUCUACUCUUCAGACCGUGAAAACUUUACUUGACCGGUUGGAGAACCGCCUCAAAUUGUCAACAACAGUUGCUCCUCGUAAUCAUAUGUCAAGUUUGGAUAACAUUGAUCACCUUCUGAAACGGGUUGCUACCCCCAAGAAAAAGGCUACUCCCAGGAGUUCUUUGAGAAGCAGGGGGGUGAGGAAAAUAGAUUCAGUCAAGAGGUCAAACAAUAGCUUAGCUGGGUUAUCAAGAUAUCCAGUGAGAAUUGUUCUUUGUGCUUAUAUGAUAUUGGGUCAUCCAGAUGCUGUUUUCAGUGGAACGGGAGAACGUGAGAUUUCUUUGGCCAAGUCUGCUAAAGAAUUUGUCCAAAUGUUUGAGCUGUUAAUAAAGGUUAUUCUAGAGGGGCCGAUACAGAGUUCUGAUGAAGAGUCUCUCUCAACCGUUAUGAGGCGUUGUACCUUCAGAUCACAGCUUUCCGCCUUUGAUAAAGCAUGGUGCUCAUACUUAAAUUGUUUUGUGGUCUGGAAGGUUAAGGAUGCCCAAUCAUUGGAGGAAGAUUUGGUUAGAGCAGCUUGCCAGCUUGAGGCUUCUAUGAUUCAAACUUGCAAAUUAACCCCAGAAGGAGUUGGUAGUCAGCUUAGUCAUGAUAUGAAAGCUAUUCUGCAUCAGGUCACUGAAGAUCAAAAACUUUUGAGAGAAAAAGUGCUGCAUCUGAGUGGAAAUGCUGGGAUUGAGCGUAUGGAAUGUGCACUAUCGGAGACAAGAUCCAGAUACUUAAGUGUACAGGAUAACGACAGCCCAAUGAGGUUUACAACUCAGUCGGUGUCUCCAACUCCAAUUUCUAAUGUUGCCAGCUCAAGUGAAAGAAAUAUUUCAAAUGAGAGUAAUCAUAAGACAAGCCGAGUAGUUCGCUCCCUUUUUAAGGAGACCAACACUUCCCCUAUAGAGUCCAGCUUCUCUGCAACUAGAACCAGUUCAAUUAGUCAGCUCGGUUCUUCCUCUGAAAAGUUGGCGGCAGAGAAUGAGUUUCUUGUUAAUGAAUUUGUCCAUGAGCAUCACCGUAGUUUUGCUGAUGGCCUUGAUGUAUCUGAUCACAUUCAAAACCGCAUUGAGGGGAAUAUAAUAAAACAGACAAUGGAGAAGGCCUUUUGGGAUGGUAUCAUGGAAUCUGUUGAGCAGGAUCAGCCCAACUAUGACCAGAUUAUUCAACUCAUGGGAGAGGUUAGGGAUGAAAUUUGUGAGAUGGCUCCGAAAAGCUGGAAGGAGGAUAUUGUUGCAGCCAUUGACUUGGAAAUUCUUUCUCAGGUGCUGAGAUCUGGUAACCUGGAUGUUGAUUGCCUUGGAAAAAUUCUUCGGUUUUCACUAGGUUGCUUGCAGAAGCUCUCAUCUCCAGCCAAUGAGGAGAUAAUGAAGGCCACACACGAGACAUUAUUCUCCGAGUUGAGUGAAAUAUGUCAAUCUAGAGAUGAGUCAAACAAGUCUUGUGUUGUAGCCUUGGUGAAGGGUCUGAAAUUUGUCCUGGAACAGAUUCAGAUUCUUAAGAAAGAGAUAAGCAAAGCACGCAUAAGAUUAAUGGAGCCUUUGAUUAAGGGACCUGCUGGUCUGGACUACCUCAGGAAUGUCUUUGCUAACAAAUAUGGAUCUCCGUCUGAUGCCAGUACCUCUCUGCCGUCAACAGUGAGGUGGCUAUCAUCUAUUUGGAAUUGCAAAGAUCAGGAAUGGGAAGAACAUGUGAAUUUCUCCUCAGCAUUGGCUGACAAUUCAUUCCAAGAAUGGCUUCCUUCAACUACUCUCAGAACUGGGGGAAAUAUUAUGCUCAAAACUGCUGGCAGUCCAAUGGCAGUUUCUCCUGAUGGUGCAAGUACUAAAGGUAAUCAGCAGACAGAAUGCAAAGGAGAACAAGUUGAUCUAGUUGUGAGGCUUGGUUUGCUAAAACUAGUAAGUGGAAUAACUGGCCUGAAACAAGAUGAUCUACCAGAAACUUUAUCUCUUAAUUUCUCCAGGCUGAGAUCUGUUCAGGCUCAGGUUCAAAAGAUUAUUGUGAUUUCUACGAGCAUUCUUAUAUGCCGCCAGAUUCUUCUGAGUGAAAAGGCGGUAGCUACACCUGCAGAUUUGGAAAACGUAGUGUCCAAGUGUGCUGAACAACUGUUAGAUCUCUUAGACCGUGUUGAAGAUGCUAAUAUUCAGGAUAUUGUGGAAGUGAUUUGCAAUUUGCCCACAGUUGAUGGUGAAGAAGAUGCAGGAAAAGUUCAGUCAAGAAAGGAAGUUGCUGCAAGGAUGAUAGGGAAGAGUUUACAAGCUGGGGAUGUUGUGUUUGAGAGGGUGUUCAGUGCUGUCUAUUCAGCUAUGCGAGGAGUUGUGCUUGGGGGAAGUGGGACCCGUGGGAGGAAAUUAGCAGAAAUGGCUCUGGUGAAAGUUGGAGGUGGUGUUCUGACUGAAAAGGUAGUGGAAGCUGCUGGUAUUUUGAUUGUGGCUGCCACUAUAUCAGUCAAUGUUCAUGAGCCAUGGUAUAAAUAUUUGACUGAUAACAUGUGAAUAUAAUUUGGUAAAGUACAUCUGUACAUGAAGAAUAAUGCACACGUUUGUACAUAGGAGUUAGUGUGUGAAGUCGUCAGCUGUUUUAUCUUAGGUUUGUUGUAGAAUUCUUUUGAUGUCACGAACAACCAUGUAUAUAGCUAUCUGAACUUUAAGAUUUAAAUUGCUAGUAUAUAUAAUUUGUGAUUUAUUUUUCGUUCUGA